AUGUCGUAUCCCGACAAGAGGACCGAUGACGAGUGGAGGGCUGUUCUGAACAAGGAACAAUUCCGCAUCCUCCGCCAAAAGGGCACGGAGGCCCCCGGCUCCGGCACCUUCGACAAGCACUACCCCUCGGAGGGCGUCUACGCCUGCGCGGGGUGCUCGGCGCCGCUGUACAAGGCCAACCACAAGUUCAAGUCGGGCUGCGGGUGGCCGGCGUACUUCGACUCGAUCCCCGGCGCCGUCGUGCGCCACGAGGACCGCACGCUCGGCAUGGCGCGCACCGAGAUCGUGUGCGCCAACUGCGGCGGCCACCUGGGCCACGUGUUCAAGGGCGAGGGCUUCGACACGCCCACCGACGAGAGGCAUUGCGUGAACAGCGUCAGCCUGACGUUUUCGGCGGAGGAUAAGGGGGAGGGUGCGGCGGAGGGCGGCAAGGUUGAGAGCAAGGCUUGA